GCAAUUUCUCAGAGACCUGAACUGGUGAAGGACUCGCACCGCUGGCUGGCUGAGACUAAGACCAAGCUGCGCUGGCUGUGUGAGGAGGUGCGUGAGCGCGACACUAGAGAACAGCGCCUGAGGAGGCAACAUCAGCAGACCAAGGAUCAGUUGAAGGCCCUCAGGCAAAGCCGCGACUCAGAGCAGAGAGCUCUCCUGCAGCGCCUGGACCAACAGGAGAAGCUGAUGCACUCUCUCAGCACUGAAAAGAAAGAGCUGCUGGAGAGAAGUCGCAAGAAAGAGGACGAAAUGAGAAGCCUUCAGGACCGUGUUUUGGAUCUGGAGCUGAAUACAAGAGUAGCCCUGGAUCACUUGGAGUCUAUUCCAGAAAAACAGCUUCUUAUGGAGAACUUCAGAGAUUUGGAGGACUCACAGCAGCAGAGGGAGAUGGUAGAGGAGCGCCACGCCAAAUACAAAGAGAUCGUCUGGGACCUGCAGCACCAGCUGGAUGAGUCCAAACGCAGGAUCCAAGAGUACAGACACGAGAAGUUGGAUGCCACUUCCAGGAGCCUCAAACUGGCUGCUCUUUCUUCCACUAUCAAAGGCUCCAGCACGUUCCUUAGCAGCUCGCUGAGAUCUGACACACUGUCGCCUCUCAAACACUUGACCACUUCAGACCUGGACGACUCCAGAGUCGACGGGGCCAAACCUCUCGCAGAUUAGUUCAACCUUUAGCAAACCUUUAUCCAUCUCUACAAACACACACACACACCGACUCUACCUGCUGGUGCUCAUCCGGAGCGAAACAUAGUGAGAGGCCUUGCACUCGACGCUAAUCCUCCACGACUACCUCAGCCAGGCAGUCGGCGAAUGUGCUCGGGACCGAGACUGACGUUUUAUUAAAGCAGAACUUUAAGAAACACUUUAAAACAUGAGCUAAAUAUCUGCACGCUGUAAAGAGUUUAACUGUUAUUUAUAAUCAUGAAUGUAUUUCAAAGCAAAACGGUUUCACUGUUCCACGUUCUUGUCUUGUUUUAGAUGUGGUUAAAUGUCUGUUCUGCUCUUAUCAUCAUGUGUUUCUGCUAAAAGACAAACUCCAUAAAUGAACUCGUGGUGCCUUCUGAACAAUAUGCAGUUUUUUAAAACUAGCGCAAUGUGACAAAUGUUUUUGUGUGUGCGUUUCCAUCCAACUCUUGAUGAAUGAGAAACUCUUUCUAUGUUUUGUAUACUGCAGUAUUUAUAUUUGUAAGAAAGAAGGAAAUGAGCACAGUUAGAUGGUUAUUUUGUCAUGAAAUAUGAAGGAAGUGUAUGCACUGUGAAUAAAUCUGCAUGGAGCUAAAUGUCUAGUUUUCUAUGCACACUUGAUGUCCCCUUCAUUUCAGACUGAAGUGUUUGCUUUGCAGCAGCUGAGAGACUCCAGCUACUCCCAGCGGUAUCUUUUGCUUUCAGCUGAAAUCCUUCAGAGGGACAACCUAAAGCCACACACGAGAGGAACGUCCUUUUAAUUUACUGCUCGGCUGUUAAGGCAGAAAUACAGUCCCCGGUGCGUGAAUAUUAAAAAAUGUUUACAUAAUCUUUGUUUGGACAUUCUGUGUUUGCACGGGUUGGUUGUGUACAGCAUAAAACCAGAUGUCACUGGAUUCUGGCAGAGCAGGGAAGCUCAAACUGAUGCAAAGGUCAAAGAUUCCUCCGUAUAUAAGUAAAUACAUUAAAUACUGUUACUUUUUUUUUUCAUCACUACUGAUUUAAUAAAAAAUUGCAAAUACAAAAGACAUGUUUUAUCGGCCUGUCACGCUUCUGCCAUUAUCUGCCUGUAUUAUGUCAUUUAUUCCUCUCAGCCUUAAUAAAACAUGCUAUUAACGUG